AUGGGCCAGGCUUGUGCAUUUUCCCAAAGGGAUGAUGCCCUCGAAGUACCUGUCUUGCAGGAAAAACAUUGGGCUUGCUGCAAUGAUGAGGCAAGGGCUGAGCGGAGCAGCUGGCUGAAGAAGGUUCAGCAGCGUGGUCUUCAGUUGGAAGAAGCCUCAGAGCAUCUGAGGAAUAACAAGAAAAUUGUUCGGGCCGCAGUGGAGGAAGACGGUAGGGCCUUACAGUUUGCUUCAAAGGAACUGAGGAGCGAUAAGCAAGUCGUCCAAGCGGCGGUGAAGCAAAAUGGUUGGGCCUUACAGUUUGCUUCGGAGAAGCUGAGGGGUGACAAGGAAGUGGUUCAGAUCGCGGUGGACAAAAAUGGUAGGGCCCUACAGUUUGCUUCAAAGGAACUGAGGAGCGACAAGCAGGUCGUUCAGAUCGCAGUGCAGGAAGAUGGUAGGGCCUUACAGUUUGCUUCAGAGGAGCUUGGGAGAGACAAGGAAGUCGUUCAGGCCGCUGUGCAGGCUGCAGUGGAGCAAAAUGUUUCGUCCUUAGAGUUUGCUCCAGAGGAGCUGAAUAGUGACAGGGAAGGUGCUCCGGCCAAGGGGAAGCAACAUGGUUUGUCCUUGCGGUCCUUACAGCUUACUUCACAGGAGCUAUGGACGGACGAGGCCGUCGUUCAGGCUGCCGUCGAUUUGUCUGCUGCGGCUUUCCUACUUGCUUCAGACGAGCGGACAAGCGACAAAGAAGUUGUUCAGGCUGCAGUGGAGGAAGACGGUAGGGCCUUACAGUUUGUCUCCGAAAAGCUGCGCAGCGACAAAGAAGUCGUUCAGACCGCGGUGAAACGAAAUGGUUGGGCCUUACAGUUUGCUUCAGAGGAGCUGAGGGGCGACAAGGAAAUCGUUCAGGCUGCCAUCAAGUCGUUUCAUCAGGUUUUGGAUUUCUUUCCGCUGCAUUUGGAGAUCAACAAGGAAGUCGUUCUGGCCAUGGUGCAACAAGUUGGUUGGGUUUUAGAAUUUGCUUCAGAGGAGCUGCGCAGCGACAAGGAAGUCGUUCGGGCCGCUGUGAAACGAAAUGGCUGGGCCUUUGAGUUUGCAUCAGAGAAGUUAAGGAGCAACAAGGCAGUCGUUCAGGCUGCUGUCGAGGCGUUUCCUGCGGCUUUACAAUUUGCUUCGGAGGAGCUGCGGAGAGAUAAGGAAGUUGUUCGAGCACUGGUGGAGAAAGAUGGCAGGGCCUUACAGUUUGCUGCAGAGGAGCUGAGGAGCAACAAGGAAGUUGCCCUGGCAGCCAUCAAGUCCAAGACAGCAGUUGUUGCAGCUGAGCAAGAGGAGUUGCACUUCAUCGCUGAAAGACACCCGAAGUUCACAGUUUAUCCCAAGCAGGUGGAUAUGAUGUCACUGCUGGUGUCCGAAUCCUUGAUGCGAGACAAAAGCUUCGCGAAAGCCGUGGUGGAGUUCCGCGGUUGGCACCUGCGCGCCUUUGCGCCGCACCGAAGCGACCCGGAGAUCGUGCUGGCUGCGGUGAGGGAGAACGGCCGAGUGAUGGAGUUCGCCUCUGAAGCCUUGAAGAAGGACCGGAAGUUCGUGCUGCGAGCGGUCAAGGCGACGAAAGCCACAUGGCUCCUGAACUAUUGCAGCAAGGAGCUGCAGAAGGAUGAUGAGUUCAAGAAGUUGGUCAAGCAAACUGCAGGGACUGGGCUCGUGUUUACCUAUUAUCACAGCUUCAGCUGCUUUGAGUCGAUGAGGGAUCGCUUCGUAGCCACAGGUGCAUCAAUUCCAGGAGGUCCGGCAUAUGAACACGUGAUGACCAAGUUGAAGGAGACCAAAGGAGGAACUGCAACAGUCUGGUUCGACGAGAUGCCCGUCUUCAGCUCUUCUGCCAACGACGGCCAGUGGGUUCACCCCAGCGAGGAGUGUGGACGGGAUGACGUACCGGUUCCCCCUCCGGAGAAUCGGCAUGAAAUGUGGGAGUCCAUGGUGGAGUCCCGCACGGAGAGGCUGGUGCCGGAAGUGGGAUCCAAGCACCCUUGCUGGUGCUGCCACUGGCUGAGAAAAGUCAAGCAGAAACAUGCAGAGGGCGCAGUCAUUUGUAUCGCCGCGUCCAACAUCUAUGAUAAGGACUGGGUGGACGAGUACGGUGCAGGAAGCUCAGAGCUGAGCGAUGAGGCAGCAGAAAAGUUUGGACUCAAGAAGGAACAAUUCCGCAAUGGCCGCCCUGCUGGUUGGGGCACAGGCAAGAUCCAGAUUUCCAAUGGCAUGACCUUUUCCCGCGUGGCGCCAGUCCACCCUCACACUGGAAGACCGCUAGGAGGAAGUGAGCCUGUCUUCGGUCGGCAGAGCAAUCGGCGCUGGCUUUUGAUCGCCAACCACGCCGAGUUGAAAAUGGCCCCACGAUUCAUUUCUGAUUGCAAGUGGUUUUAA